AUGUCCCUCCGCACGAGCCCAUCGCCCUCGCCCCUCGCCCCUCGCCCCUCGCCCCUCGCCCACGGCCCCGAAAUCGGCCUCCGAUAUUUUUUUCACGCCGCUCACCUGAGAGGCCAAACGCGUGCCCGCAUCACGCGUCAACACGUCACACGUGAGGCCGCUCUCCGGCUGCUCCCACCACACACUCCGUCAUCACAACGCGCCCAACGCCCACGCCCGCCACCACGGCUGUCCCUUUACCGGUUGUCCGCCGCAAACUGCGACACGCCGCCCGACAUCACCUCACCACACCACACCACCAUCGCGCCCGCGCGUCCUCUUUUGGCCGCAUUGUCCUCUUUUGUCCGUGGCCUGCGUCUGUCCCCCUUCUCGCCCCUCCUGUCCUUUCGGCCUGGGUCAGAGAUCCUGUCGCCACGUUCGCCCCUAAAACACCGGCCUCGCCCCUGCACCGCGCCCCCCGAUCCGGCCCAAAAUUCCCAAUCCGCCCACUUCGCAACCGCCGUUUCUUUUUCUGGCCCCUCCUCUGGCCCCUCUGCCCCCCUCUGCCCCCCUCUGCCCCUCUCUGCACAGCACCGCGCUUUGUCUUGUUUAUCCUUUUUCCUAUCAGCUGCCAUUCGCCGAUUUUGUUCCAUCGCUUCAGUUUCCGCUGUUUUAGCUCUUUUUCCAUCAUCAUCAUCAUCAUCAUCAUCACCAACAAAAGUCUCGCUUCUCGUGCAGUCGCUCUUUACGUUCCAUUACGUUGCGUCUCAUUGUCCCUUUAGAAAAAAAAAACGUCUCUUGAUCGCAGAUAUGAUAGUUGUUCUUUUUCCUGGGUUUUUUGCCCCAAUUGCACUUGUGUCGCAAAUAAAAGUAUAUAAACGAUUACAAUCGCUGCAGGUCUAG